CUAUAUAAACGCUAAAGCAGCGGACAGGGCGAAGAGGUAAUCUUAAGGUCCUACACCUCCACCACAAUGAGUACGGCCCGGUCGAAUCUCGAUUUCGUCAUCAUCGCCGACUCCACCUCGUCGAUGGUGGAAGUCCAACGGUCACUGAAAAAUACCCUUUUUCAAGUCUUCAACCUGGCAACACUGACGGGGUCCUUCAACCGGAUUGGUUUGAUGUGGUACACCGACUAUACGCUCCCUGCAAAGUAUCCAGUGACCUCCUGGUCUGGUUGGUGCACCUCAUUCACCGAAAUACAGGAGUUCAUCGGUAACGGAGAACUCUAUCCGGGUGGCGACGAACCGGAAGCAUGCAAGACUGCGCUUUGGGAGGUGUUGCAGCUUGUAGACGUCUCUCGAACUACCGUGGUCAUAUGGUACGGGGAUGCUGCGCCACAUCACAUCAGCAACGAUGACGGACACCCGAACUACUCAAGGGAACUGAAACGGUUGAAUCAAGAUUUCGAUUGGGUCCACCUUUGUCAACUCGCAGCCGCCCGGGGUUGCGUGGUUUGCCCCAUCAUCAAUACACAAGAACGAGCGGUCAUACCUUUCUUUGCUCUCAUCGCGACGAUAACGGGCGGUCAAGCGCAUACGAUCCCCGUAUCAAGCCCGGCGGAGGAAGUCACAAGAGAUACCAUUCGUAUCCUUUUGAGGAUCCUUGGGACCGAAUGUGGCCAUGUCGAGGCAAGCCGUAUGGGCUACGGCAAACCGCUGCCUUCAUUGGCAGCUAAGGAUGAGAACAGCCUUCAAGGAUACCUCCCGUUCGUGCCAGUGUACAGCAAGAAAAGCAAUCGGUACAGUAAUCCGCGCCGCACGGGCAAAACUGCCACCGCGACCGUGGUAGUCCCUGCGAUUCAAGUGCGAAUCGAAGGAGCGGAAGCCGGCGGGGAGGCGACUGCAACCGCAAUUGCAGGCAUGCCUUUCCAAUCCAAGAUACAUGGACAUGGUCUCUCCAUGAAGGAGCUCAGGCGGCGAUUUGCUGAAGAAGAGGGGUAUACCGAUAUCGCUUUCACUGUAUUCGAGAACAUCGUCAAGGACUCAGCAGCGCUUGUGUCUCUCACUUACAACAACGUCUUCGCUGCUGUAUGGCGCAAGGUGAUUCGACGGUUCCAUGACCCCCGAAGAAGCAAGAUAGCUAUUCAGUUCACUAGGAUGCUACAGACACUCAACACUUUGCAGAAACAGCAGGUUAGAGAAUGGCUUGAGGCGAGUUAUGAUGCAUUAGAGGAAAUUCAGGAAACCAUCGACCGGGUACCCGCGGAUAAACGUUAUCCGGCUUUAGCACUUCAAUCUGUGGAGACGUUUCGUCCGCAGGAGCUCACCGCUGUCACCAGCUCUUGCGACCGGGAAUCUCUGUCUCGAGUGAUCAAGCUCCUUGCGAAUGUUUACGUAAUCAAAGAGGAGAAGGCGAACGUGCGGUCGAUACCAUUAGCGCUGUCAGAUGGGGAUCUCAUCCCGCUUCUACCUCAUCUGAUGUGCAAAGGGCUUACCUUUUCAUCGAGAUCCUCAGCGAUUCUCGCCAUCCUAGCGGUCCUCAGCCGCAAUGCUGUUCUUCACGGGAGGGCACGUUCAUAUUUGGAUCUGGUCCGUGGGCAAUGGCUUGACAUGGAAGUAGCUGGAAACUACUCCGUGGGCUUCAUACGUUUGGCAAUCAAAGCGGAGAAGAUCCUUACCGCGGAGGAAUCGGAAAAGGUCAACAUCGUGCGGGAGCUGCAAGGGCUUCUCAUGAAUAAGCGGACUGAAGUCGUCGUUAAGGUAUCAAGUAAUCUCAAAGGAACCCGGCUACCUGACUGGAAAAGUCCCUGUGCGAAAUGUGGAAAACAAAGAAGCGGGACUCUGCUCACAGCAGCGGGAGAGUGCGCCCCUUGUGUACUCGGGUACAAACCCAAGACCGACGGACCUGAAGAUGGGAGUCACAUGUACGAUUGUAGCAGAUGUCUAGUCCGGUAUGCUGUCAUCGAGACAGCAGAUCUCAAGGUUGUUCGCCCACGUUGCCACUAUUGCCGUCUCGACCUCCCUUCCCCUGUCAUAAGAUGUAUCUCUUGCAACGUGCGUUACAUCGACGCCAACGGUCUGCUCGCGAAGAAUGGCGAUGGGAAAUGUGCGCCCUGUGCAGUCGGUCCCCGUGUCGAUGCAAUCACUGGCCCGAUGGAGAACGUAGAGACGACCAUAGGGCGAUUGUAUGUCGAAUCGCCCAGCAAUCGGUGCACGAUCCAUGAAGCUUUAAACCUCCUUGCAACGCCGCCGGCCUACGACAUUAUGCAAAAUUCAGGUGGAGGCGUGUACUCUAUGCGGCAUGUCUUCCGCAGAGUAUCUUGCCCUACAGAUGCAAAUGGGCAUUACCGAUACCAGCUCACAUACCGUGGCAGAUCAAUACACAACAUCGAAGCUGUUCUGGAUACGAUACGGGAAUGGGCAAGGAAGCAUACUGCGGAACUUGGGAUGUGCAUGAUGUGCUGCGAGGAGAUGAAGAAGGAGACAAUGGUCACGGCUUGUGGGCGGAGCGGUUGCGUCGUGAAAUGUUGCGCUCCUUGCGUAACCACGUGGUAUGGUUAUCUUCAACGCGGCCACGUCCUGCCACCAGCAAAUAUGGUUUGCCCUUUCUGCAAAAGAUCUCCGUCUUCGCGGGUUCUCGCCCGCCACAACCGCGAAGCCUGUGAGCUUAUUAGACAGCGGCCUGCGAACGGAUACGAUCCGGGGUGGUACUAUGGAUGGUGUACGAUGUGCAUGAGGCCUCGGCAAUGGAUGGAGAAGCGCCUGGGCUCAAUGCGCGGGAUUGCCCUUCUUGUGGAGUCACGAUCGAGAAGACCUACGGUUGCGAUCAUAUCACAUGUCGCUGUGGACAACACUGGUGCUGGCGAUGUGGAAGCAAGUUUACAGCGCAAACGAUAUACUCGCACAUCUACGGGUGUCGCGGAGAUGAGAUAUUUGCAGCUUUCAACAACAACAACGGACAGAAUGACGAAGGCUAUGGCGGAGGCUAUGAAGGUUAUGAUGAUGAGGAAGAUGAAUAUUAUGAUGAUUAUUAGGACAAUGCUACCCCUAUUGUUGUAUCCUAUCCUAGAGGGCAAUGGACUGUCAAGCCUCACAUGCGGGUACCUCCCCAUGGGUGCCACCAUCUAUACCGAAGAAGUCCACAAAGUCGCCAACGCCAACCCGGCCACAAAGCUCUCCCCCUCCGACAUCUGGCAGCACGACUACACCUGGAGCGGACACCCCACCUGCGCCGCCGUCGCGCUCAAGUGUCUGCAGCUCCUGAAGGACGAGAACCUCAUCUCACGCGCGGUGGUGACGGGCGAUAAGUUCCGUCAGAUCUUGAAGGAGGAGCUGGAAGGGUUGAUGGUGGUCAAGCAGAUCCGGGGCAAGGGGAUCAUGAUCGGGAUUGACCUGAUGAGUGAUUUCGCGACGGAUGUUGAGUUGAAGAUGUUAUUGGAAAGAAAGGUGGUGUUGCGGGCGAGCUCCAACAAGCAUUGUUUGUUGAUGACGCCUCCUGUCAUUUUGACGGAGGAGGAGAUGAGGGAGGUUGCGAAGGGGUUGAAGGAUGUGUUGUCGAGCUGGGCGACGACGGCGGAGGCGUUGACCAGCAAGCCAAGGCAGUGGUGA